CCACAUCUUGUGAUCACAUCUAUUAGAUGCACCUUAUCCUUGUUCACGAUGUCUAUACCAUCGAAGCCGAGUAAAGCUGCUUCUCUAGCACAUGAAGAGGCUUCCAAGAUACGUAGCUCCAAUGGGCUGUGGAAGGCAAAGUGCGGCCUAGCGCUACUUACUGGCAUUAUAUUGGGUAUAAUCCCGGUAAGAGGAGUCUAUGGGUUCAUAAUUUUUGUUUUUGUUCAAUGUUUGGUUGGACAGCUUUACCUGGCGUCGAUGAAGCUGCCAGACUAUGUACUGGAUCAAAUCGAAGCUUUGACGGAGCACUCUAUCACUGCGUUUAGUGUUUUUAUAGUCAGCUGGGUUGUAUCAUACAGUCUUUAUAACUAUUGACAUCCAGGUGUUCUGAGCUG